AUGGCACGUUGCCACAGGUACGAUGGGUUUCGGAAAGGUGAAGGAUUCAGGGCGCUGCUCUACUUCAUUGCAUAUGUGUUUGGGGUAUUGUACGGCAUUGACACAUCCCCUAUCGUCGCCAGCAUACUGGCCGCUAUCCACAUGGUGUACAUCAUUCCCAUCCUGACAGGCAGGGCGGUGCACGAGUCUGUUUCGGGGGAUGGCAUCGUAGGAACAUACAGUAUUGAGAGCACCGGUAUCAGGUUCAAUUGUAACGUCAGUACUGCUGUGAGGUUGGCUGUGUAUGGCAUGUUUGCCGUCCUCCUCGUCUCGGCCAUCGUGGAGAUCUGCAUCGUAUCCAUCGGUCUCAAAGGUGGGCCACUCGAGGAGUACAAGCGUGCGCCCAUCGUCCCCCUUCUGUAUGCGGAGGUGUUCCUUUGGGUGCUGGCCCUGGCGUGGACAGUGUACGGCACGUACAUGGUCGUCAGCCCCGUCGUGGCAGCUCAGUGCUGGGACAACAAUCCCUGUAACUUGAGCAGGUACCUUGACCGUGCUGACCAGGUGCUGGAUGGGAGCGUGGACGACGCCGGAUUCAACCUGGAUCUGCUGAUUGAGGGAGGGACGCUGGCCGCCGUCCGGGCCUACAACCAGCAGCUCCGGAGCCUGGGGUACCUGACACGCAACAUCGAGCUGGCGUUCCUCAACCUCUCCGGCCUGCCCUAUGACCUGGAGCGAGUGGCCCAGGGCGCACCCUGGGCCGGGUGCCAGAACGAAUCCUGCGCGUGGCUCAUCAGUGCCUCUGAUGCAUGCGAGCAGUGGGACCUGCUCCUGGCACUGCCUGUGCCCCGCGAUAACAAGCGAUAUUUUAUGAUCCUGGUGUGGACGGGCUGGGGCCUGCUGGCGUUCAAAGUUUUCCUGGUGGCACUUGCCUUCAACUCCUUCCCCGACUACGAGGAUGUGGAGAGCUGGGAGGGAGGGCUGAGGGUGUUCAGCCGCCUGUGCUGCUUUGGCAACGUCCUUCAUGAAGAGGUCAUGGAAGAAAGGCACGUGCCUUCCCGCGUCAUCGCCCAGAGCCUGAGCAUGCUCUUCGGCAGCAUCGACCUGGACCCCACCGACCGCCUCUUCGCUGCUCUGCUGCUGGCGGAGCAGCAGCGGGACCAGCGUCAGAUCAACAUGCGCCUCAUGCUGGACAGAGCCGGCUUCAAGAUGCGCCAGGCAAAGGGCGGGGCCUUCUUCAAGGGUCGCCGUGCCUGGAAUAGCGGAGAGCUUGAUCCGGAAGAGUCACAUGGUGUUCGGGGACAGGGCAUGCACGCCUUCCAGCCCUGGCUCGGAGCUGUGGAGGAGGGCCGCUACCCCGUGUACUGCAGGACGGGGCUGCAUUACGACGACGCAGGCUUGGGCGAGGAGAACGGGGGCUGGGAAGCCUCGCCAGGAGGUCUCAACGCAUCACGCCCGCCGUGGACCCCCUGCCUGCGCGUGACGCAUAGGUACAUGCCCAUGCUCACCCCUGCCGAGGUACCUGCUGAAUACCUGUCUCACAUCAACCCAGUGGAGGUGGCCGCUGUCUGCUCGGGGCCGCAGAGACCCGUGAUGGCAUCAGCUUUGCAAGACAUGCACCGCAUGGCAACCUUUGCGGUUGCAGCCUAUGGCGUGCAGAACCAGGCAUGGAACGGCGGAAGACCGAUGGACCUGCUCUAUGUCUCAUUGAGCCUGGCAGAUCUUGUCACAGACCUGCUCAGUCAGCCAGUCGACGUCUCGGACUGGCUGCCUGCUUGGGUCCGGAAGGAGAUUGCUGAAGACCAGCCCGUCUAUGCCCAUGCUGGGAUAGUCUCGGCUGCAACAGCCGUCCUUGUCGACAUGGAGGAGAAGGACAUUCGGUGCUGGGCAUUCUGCCCGCCGGGCGGCCUGAUGAGCUGGAACCUGGCUCAGCUGACUCGCAGGUUCUGUACCUCGAUCGUGGUGGGCAAGGAUGUGAUCAGCCGCAUGUCGUUCAAUGCUCUCAAGCGGACGGUGGACGAAAUGGUCAUCUGCCUUGCCAGGUACUGCAAGACAUCCUACUUUCAUGAUCUAGAGCAGCCUGAGCUCUACCCCCCGGGCGACUUGGCCUUCCUCAGGCCCUUCAAGCAGAGGCAUAUGAAAGAGUCCUUCUGGGAUGCUGUUUGGAUCAGUGCCAACGGGGCCUAUUCCAUCGAAAGCACCGGCAUCCAGAACAAUUGCAGCGUCGGCACGGCCGUCAGAGUGGCUGUGUAUGGCAUGUUUGCCGUGAUGGUGGUGGCAGCAUGCCUGGAGUUUGCCAUCGUCUCCAUAGGAUUAAAUGGUGGACCCCUUGAGGAGUCUAAGCGGGCUCCCAUUAAACCACUGCUCUACAUUGAGUUUUUCCUCUGGAUAGUCCUCCUCUCCUGGACAGGGAACCUGACCCUGCUCCAGGAGAUCGAGGCAGAGGGCGACGGCGACGAUUCAACCCAAGUUGUCACAGAUAUUGAUUUCACUGCGACAGGGGGUAGCAGGGCUGCGGUCGCUCUGUACAACGAGCAGGUCAAGGGCGUGGGCGCCCUCACACGUAACUUUGAGGCCGCCUUCCUGAACGCCACAGGGGUGCCCUUCAACCCAGAUGCCGCGGGGGAGAGCGCCCCCUGGUUUCCGUGCCAAAACUCCACUUGCCAGAAGCUCAUCCAGAAUGCGGAUGAGUGCACAGAGUGGGACAUCCUGCUCAGGCUCCCUGACCCAUCCAAUCGGAAGGCUUUCUUUGAGGGCCUGGUCAUCCUCGUGGUGGUGGCCUUCAAUUCCUUCCCGGACUACACCGAGGUUGACAGCUGGGAGGGCAGCCUGCGACACAUGAGCCGCUUUUGUUGCUGUGGCUCCAUCAUGCAGGAGGCUGUGCUGGACACUUCGGAGCCGGCUUCCCGUGAGAUUGCCAAGAGUCUUAACAUGUUGUUUGGAGGCAUCGACCUUGACCCCACCGACCGGCUCUUUGCAGCCCUCCUCGUUGCAGAGCACCAGAGUGACCUGCGACAGCGUAGCGUGCGGCACAUGCUCAGCAGAGCCGGUGCGCGGGAGGAGGUGCUGGGUGUCCUGAUGUGUGCUGCGCUGGGGGGCACCUCUCGCUACAUCCGGGUUUGGUGGCCAUUCAAGAGGGCCAUGGUGGCAGCUCCGCCACUCAACUUGUCACUUUUGCAUGCAGGGUUCAUCACAAACAUGCAGAAGCGAGGGACCUUCAUCACUGGACCUCAGCGUCGAGAUGGCGGGCAACUGGAGCACUUCCCUGAACCCAGGCCAAAGCAGUCUGUGAGCUGGCACCUGCCCCCAUCCCCCUUCAGCACCAAGGCCGCCGACAUCCGGCCCAUGUAUCGCCGCACGACCCUCAAGCUGGACGAGGGGGCGUUGGAGGAGGGUGGUCAUCUGGACAAGGCUGCAUCGGGGACGGACUCCCCCAGCCUGGAGUGGGUGCGGGAGCAGCUGGGGACCCGCCUCACUAUGGCCUACCGAUAUACACCCAUCGUCACCCCAGUCUGCCUGCCGGCCGUGUACUGCGACCACCUCACGCCACAGGAAGCGGCUGACAUCUACUCGGGUCCUCGGGAGGGCGUCCCCACACAUCAGCUGAGGCAGGCCCAGAGUAUGUCCCUGUACGCCAUCGCGGCGUAUGGGCUGCAGAACAUCGCAUGGGGACGGGGAAAGCGUCCACCCACCUGUGCUGCCAACGUAAAUCUGUUCCGGAAGUGCAUGAGCAAGGUGUUUCGACUCCAGAACUCGUACAGGCAGCAGAACUGUGAAGCCAUCCUGGAGGUCACAGACGCCAACACUUCUGGGGGCGCCCUGCCCUACCUUGUGAUGCGCCACAGGCCCAGCAACUCUUUGGUCAUCUCCAUCAGGGGCACCGUGAGCAUGGAGGACCUCAUCACGGAUCUGCUGAGUCAGCCCGUGGACGUGUCUGACUGGCUCCCCCCAUGGGUCCAGGAGGUACGACUCACUGGCUUCUGA